UCGGGCAGGGGGGGCGCGAAAUGGGCGCGAACGACUCCUUCGUGAACUUUGAACCGGGCCGGAUAUAACCUCAACUUUACUUUGACCUCAUUUCGCCUUUCAAUCAUUUCAGUUGCUCACGGUCUUUAAACUCGUUAUCAUACCACGUGCCACCAAAACAACUUAAACACUAUGCGUUGCUAAGCUACCGGCUUUGUCAUCAUGCUAAGCUAAAUUGCUAAAUAAAGACCUAACGUUUCACUUAAUCGAUUAACUUUAAAACGACUUUUUUCCCAAAAUAAAUCUUUAAAUCCUUCGAUUUUAUUUAUAUUUUAUUUUAUACCAAAUUUUCACAUGUUAACUCUUUCAGGGACAGCGGUCAUACAUUGGACAGCUAUUAGGCUCGAGCGUAUGACGUGGCACUCGCGAGGUUUCCGCCGCUAUCGCCAUUGUGGAAGAUAAACUGAGGCAUUUCAACACAGGUCGCUCUUUAAAAAUGGUUGGAAAUUAUUGUGCGGUAAAGAUUUGCAACAACCGAUCGAAUAGAAAAAGGAGAAUGUACAGCUCGACGGAACACCAUUGAGUUUCUUCCGGAUCCCUACAUGGAGAAAAGGCGAGGGAAAGCUCAUAUCUGAACUUACCAAACGUCGAAGAAUGGCAUGGGUGGCCUCGAUCAGAAGGAAGGGCAUAACGUUUGAUUCUCCAUUUACACACUGAGUUUGCUCUAUGCACUUCCACUCCGGUUCCGUGAGCAGCAAGUGUGACAAAACGGGAACAAAUUGCCACCUCUGCCCCCAAGGAUGCUCCAGGCGCAUUCGCAGACAGGUUCCCGAGGUUCCAUUGUGUUUCUGUUAUGGUCACAGCAGCCAGUGUUCUCCUCAGUCGACGUACAGUGUCCACACCAUCUCGUCGACCUUUGACCAUGGUACUGACGGAUGGAAGGCAGCGACUUCUCACGGCCUCACCCCGACAGAUGUCCACUCCCGCUGGUCCCCGAAGUACAAUGAUAUGGAAGUGAUCUCCAGAAACAGUCUGCCGGUUUACCUGUACGCACCAGCUUCUUACCUGGGCAACCAGUUGCUGAGUUACGGUCAAAAUUUGUCCUUCUCGCUGCGUCUGGACCGGGGCAUACGACACCCGUCCGUCAGCGAUGUCAUUCUGGAAGGUUCCGGUCAUCGGGUCUCGGCCUCGCUGGGCGACUUGCGCUCUAUCGUUCCCUGUGGACAGAAGCUCAACUACACUUUCAGGCUGGAUGAACAACCAGGCAGCAAAUGGCGCCCUAAGCUCACCCCAUUCCAGUUCCAGACGCUCCUCCAAAACCUGAGCGCCAUCAAGAUACGAGCCACCUUCGGAGACAGAGGCCGGGGUUACCUCGACAACGUCAAACUGGUGUCGGCGCAGCGUGGAGACGGCACCCCGGCCCACUGGGUGCGGACCUGUGUUUGUCCACAAGGAUACCAGGGAGACUUCUGCCAGCAAUGUUCAGCGGGUUUCAAAAGACGAAGGGUGGCCGACAGAGCGUUCAGCCCGUGUGAACCCUGCGCCUGCAGGGGUGGGGACUGCGACCCGCAAACAGGCGAUUGCUAUCCCGCGGAUGAGACACAGACGUGUUCAGAUGGGUUCUACUGGGACUUUUGGAGCCGAGCCUGUGCAAAGUGUCCCUGCCCUGAAGGAGUGUCCUGCUCACUCGUUCCUGGGUCGGCGCAACCGCAGUGUCACAUCUGUCCUCCCGGAACCACAGGUCUUCGCUGCGACGAGUGUCAAGAAGGUUUUCACGGUUCUCCCGGAGGCGGUGCUGGAGGGUGGCGGCCAUGCCAACCUUGCCAGUGUAAUGGCCACAUUGACGUCCGAGUGGCGGGUAGCUGUGAUCGAAUUAGCGGCGAAUGUCUGAAGUGUGUCAACAACACAAUGGGUCGCCGCUGUGAAGUAUGCUUGCCCAACUUUUAUCACCGCAGCCAGGAAGACGCCUGCAGACCGUGCGACUGCGACCGUCAGGGCUCUGAAUUCGCGCAGUGUGACGACGCCGGUCGUUGCCGCUGCAGACCGGGCUUCGAGGGUCCAAAGUGUCAGACGUCCCGAGAGUGUCCCGCUUGUUUCAACGCGGCCAAAGUCAAGGUGGAGGAGUUAGCUUUCAAACUUCAGCAGAUGGAAGCACAGAACUCCCAGCUUGGGGGUGGAGUCAAUAGUGGCAACAACGCGAACAUUGAGGCUGUGAUGAGUGCGGCCGAGGCGCUGGUGGAAGAUCUGGAGGACGACAUGAAGAAGCUGGCAGACCUAGAGAAGCGGGUACAGGACAGUCUCGCGUCCAUCAGCCGUACUCGACUGUCCGAAGAACAGGAUGUCCAGAACGUAGCCGAUGCGACCGGUGACAUCAAACGACGGCAGGAGACCUACCUGAACAAAGCAGAUCAGCUGCAGGAUUUGAUCGCGGACAUGAAAGUGAAACUGGACGAGGCCAAGACAGGUCUCCGAUCAGCUGAAUUUCCGGCAGGAGAUGCACCUUCCGGUCCUAAUCUUCUAUCCUCGUUGGCUCAGGCAGCAACAAGCUUGGCUGAUAAACAUAAGACAAAGGCGACGGCAGUGGAACGAAGUGCCAAUGAGGCUCUAGGCGACUCUGAGAAAAGUCUGGAACUGGUCCGGAAUCUGCUCAACAAGGGGAAAGAUGUCAAAGAUCUGAUCGGAGGGGUAAAAACCACAUACGAUGGAAUGGCAGCGCGUGUCAAGGGUUUGGAAAACCAGGCGCCCCGCGUGAGCGAAGAGGCCACGGAAGAGAGCAACAAGGCUAAUGACAUGCUGGAAGAAAUUAACAGGAUGGCCAAAGAGAUUCCGCCCGCUCUGACGAAGCAAACGGAUGCCAUGGGGGCCAAGCUGGACCUCCUGAGGAAAGCGGCGGACGAGAACGCAGCGGGCCUCACUGCGUUGCAGGAUGACAUUAGGCAGGAUACAGGAGACGCUCGGGACCUGCUGAAUCAAGGCAGGAAUGCCAUGAAGGACCUAGACACUCUGACGGGCCGAGUGGACGCCGCCCACGCCAACACCAAAGAGGCGCUGCAACGAAUCAACACCAAUACCAACAAGUUGGACAGCGCUCUCGGCACUCUGCGAGGCUUCGACCAACAGAUUGCGAGUAACAAAGCGCAGGCGGAUGCCGCUAUCAAGCGACUUCCCGCUAUCAACGCGACCGUUCAGCGAGCCGCCAAGAACAACGCGGACACGCAGGCGUUGCUGGACGCCGUGUCCGCCGACUCCAACGGGGCAAUGACGUCCAUCGACCAGCUGAAGAACCAGAUCCCUGGUUUGGAGCGAUCACUCGGGUCCAUUCCGCCUCUGGGAAAUGAAGUCACCAAAAUGAACGACGCCGCAAAGGAGCUCCUGGCACAGGCGGGCGACGUCGGCGCAGAUGUUUUAGGAGAAGUCGUGGACGCCAAGAAUCUUAAAGCGGAAGGUUUGCAGGCUGAAGAUGCGGCGAACGAGGCUCUUCGGAACGCUCAACGGGCCAGAGACACCGUGGGAAAGAUGCUGCAAGACAUUAACAGCAGGAUAGCUAACAUUGGCCAACCGGGCACAUUUGACCCGCGCCGCAUUCAGGAGCUGGAGGACUCGGUGGCGAAGGCCCGCGGGGACGUGGAGACGCUUCUGAAGCCUCGCCUCAGGGACGCAGCGGAACGUGAGGCGGCGCAGCGCCAGCAGCUGGCCAACCUGGACCGUGACAUUGACGCCAUUGUGGGGGAUGUCGCAAACCUAGAGGACAUCUUGAAGACGGUACCUGACGGAUGCUUCAACAGCCCACCCAUCGAGAAGGCCUGAGGAAAACCGAGUGCUCCCACGUUCCUUUGCAUUUCUUUUGCUUUUGUAGAAAAACAAACUGGCGGCCCGCCACAUCAAUUUGUGUGGCCUGCGAAAAUAAGUUAUGCACAUCACCUUCAGGUUUCUCAUCCCCCAAAAAAUGCAGUCAUUUUUUUGUAGUCUUCAGUGAACGCUCCAGGACGAGAGAAAUCCCAAAUUUACCACUUACCACUAUUUACUAUUUUUUCCUAUUUAACUCUUUGGCUGCCAUUGAUGGCAAUGGACUGGAAGCGAUUGAAUGAUGACAAAUUUGGACUAAAAAUUAACCAUUUUAUUGCAAGAAAAUGCACAUUUUAGAUCAGUAAUUCAUCAUUUUGGACCAAAAAUUAACCAUUUUGCAUGGAAAAUGAACCAUUUUAGACCAAAAAUGAUUACAAAAAAAUUGUACGUUUUUGACCAUUAAUUCAUUAUUUUGAAUUUAAAAUUAAUCACUAUGGAUGAAAAAUGAACAAUUUUGGAACAGAUAUGAACAAUUUUAGUGCAAAAAUGAACUACUUUGGACCAAAAACCAGAGUUGCUGUUAAGAUGAAAUUGUUUUUACCUUGAGCACAAUAAUUUUCGUCAAAUUAUCAUUGAAAACAGCUAAACUAAGGAAACUCAUCAAUAACCUUUCUAAUGCCUUUUAAUAUUAUUUAAUAAAUUAACUGGUUGUCUGCUGUUGAUGUUUGAAGACGUUCAUAACAAUUCGAAUGCAUCAGGAUUUAAUCCAAUGUUGACCACAAGGUAACUACCAAAAAUGUACAAUUCUGGACAAAAUAUUAAUCAUUUUGGAUGAAAAGAAAUGACAAUUUUCGGCCAAAACUUAAAAGACUUAAGACUAGAAAGUAUUUCUUUAAAUGAAACAUUAACCAAUUUAGACCAAAAAUAUUUUUUUUAACCAGUCAUGAACCAAUUUGGACCAAACAACCAUUUUGGUCCCAAAAAUGGCAAUUUUUGACCAAUAAUUCAUUUUAGACCAAAAACUACCUAUUAUGGACCAAAAAUGUACAAUUCUGGACAAAAUAUUAAUCAUUUUGGAUAAAAAGAAAUAACAAUUUUCAGCAAAACUUAAAAGACUUAAGACUAGAAAGGAUUUUUAAAAUGAAACAUUAACCAAUUUAGACCAAAAAUAUUUUUUUUAAACCAGACAUGAACCAAUUUGGACCAAACAACCAUAUUGGUCCCAAAAAUGGCUAUUUUUGACCAAUAAUUCAUUUUAGACCAAAAACUACCUAUUAUGGACCAAAAAUGUACAAUUCUGGACAAAAUAUGAAUCAUUUUGGAUAAAAAGAAAUGACAAUUUUCAGCCAAAACUUAAAAGACUUAAGACUAGAAAGGAUUUUUAAAAAUGAAACAUUAACCAAUUUAGACCAAAAAUAUUUUUUUAACCAGACAUGAACCAAUUUGGACCAAAACAAACAUUUUGGUCCCAAAAAUGGCAAUUUUUGACCAAUAAUUCUUCAUUUUAGACCAAAAACUACCUAUUAUGGACCAAAUAUUAACCAUUUUUGACCAAACAUUUACCAGUUUAAGACCAGUAAUUAAUCACUUUGGACCAAAAAAACAAACAAAAAACACAAUUCCUUGAACAAUUCUGGACCAAAUUGUAAUGAUUUAAUAAUUAUACAACUUCUAUAAUAAAGUGUACAUACACAUUUUUUGUCAUUUUGGAUAAUGGUGAGAUCAAUGUGAUCGGUGUGGUAUUUAAUAAAAGACAAAAAAUGUC